CAUGACGUGUUAAAACAUUACUCAGCAACCACCAAUAAGUCUGAGUGAGCAAACACCAUUGGACUCUCGUUUUUUUUUUCAUCUUCUUUUUCUUAAAGCCUCCUUUGCCGCAUCAUAAUGGAAUGGAAUGGAGCUAUAUUUAUUUAUAUAUAUAUAAGAAGAACACAGGCAUAUUAUAUCCAUGCCAACACCCAACACACUUGAUCAGUUAGGUUGCACAAACACGCCAAGAGCUUUAUUUAUGGUUUCCCCCCAUCAUAUAAGCAGCUAGCUUUGCCUUCAACUUGUCUCGAUCUCUUGGGCAAAAACCAAACUCAAGCACAAGCACAAGCCGAGGGUCGAUGACGAUUCUCAACGGGGCACCAAAUGGUCUCUUGGAAAGGUCGAAGCCAUUCAUUGCCAUCACAUUCUUGCAAAUCGGGCUUGCCGGAAUGGACAUCUUGUCCAAAGCUGCCCUGAACCAAGGAAUGAGCAACUACGUGCUCGUUGUCUAUCGUCAUGCGGUCGCCACUCUUGUCAUUGCCCCGUUUGCCCUCAUUUUUGAUAGGAAAGUAAGACCCAAGAUGAGAUGGUCCAUAAUGAUCAAGAUAAUGGUGCUCGGCUUACUAGAGCCUGUGAUAGACCAAAACUUGUACUUCUUAGGGAUGAAGUACACAACGGCUACUUUUGCGGCGGCCAUAAUCAACAUCCUUCCUGCCAUCACCUUCGUCAUGGCUUGCAUAGUCGGGCUGGAGAAGGUCCGACUCAAGUCUGUCCACAGCCAGGCAAAGGUGACGGGGACGAUGGCGACGGUCGCAGGAGCCAUGGUGAUGACACUAAUCAAAGGUCCAGUGGUGGAGUUGUUGUGGACAAAGGGCAGGACCUUCCACGCCGGGCAGGGGGCUGCUGGGGUUGACCUCCACAGCUCCAUCAAGGGUGCCCUUCUCAUCACCGUAGGGGCAUUUAGCUGGGCCGGUUUUGUGAUUCUGCAGGCCAUCACUCUCCAGACCUAUCCAGCUGAACUGUCUUUGACUGCUUUGAUUUGCCUAAUGGGCACCAUAGAAGGGGCCAUAGUGGCGCUUGUGAUGGAAAGAGGGAACCCUCAAGUUUGGGCUCUCAACUGGGAUACCAAGCUCCUUGCCGCAGUAUACAGUGGGGUGGUGUGCUCAGGAUUGGCUUAUUACAUUCAAGGGUUGGUGAUGAGAGUUCGAGGCCCUGUGUUCGUCACGGCUUUCAGCCCGCUCUGCAUGGUGGUGGUGGCCAUAAUCAGCUCCAUCAUUUUUGCAGAACAAAUGUUUCUCGGAAGGGUAGUAGGAGCUGCAAUCAUAGUAGCAGGGCUGUAUCUGGUAGUUUGGGGUAAAAGCAAGGACUACGAUGAUCAAAUCGCUCCUUCAAAGCCCGAUGAACUACAAGUGAUUCCCACCACCCAAACUCCAUGCGGCGACAGAGGAAACUACAAUGAUCAUAACCAUCAUCAACAUGAUCUGACAAUUCAUCAAGCUUCAGCUGCAGCUGUAACAAUUAAGGACCAAAGUUCUACAGACAAUCAGGCUGACAUUCCACCUAAUUUAACUACUACUGUCUAGAGAAUAUGCUAACUAUGGUAUAUCCUUAGCGAGAGCAAACCAAGAAUGUAAGCACUCGCUAACUUAAUUAUGAGGGAAAUCUUCUGUAUUAAACAUCUCCCAAAGAUUGUCAUCAAUAUUGCACGAACUUGUUUCAUUUGCACUUCGCCAAACAGAAUAUUUGGGUUUGGAGAAGAAUAUCAGUAGGCCACACAACACUUACUUCAGAUUCAGAAUCCUCUAAUAAUCCUAACAAGAAUCAUAAACAACGCAUAUAUCAUCUACAAAAGUCCCAACUAAACUUUUCUUAGGGUUCAAUGGCGUGGAGCCCGUUCCCAUCCCACUCUUUGCCCCGGUAUCCAAGCAUAGUCCGUUCUCCCGACUAGAGCCCAAGUUUUUAAACUCUAGCCGGGGCAGCAUAGAGCAAGUAUAUAAAUUGUCAACCCGGGCCGGUCCAUUUACCCCUACUUCGAUCGUUUAAGUUGUUAUCUAGCAAGCAACUUUAGAGUUUAGGUUUAUUGGAACUACAAACUAACCAAGCAAAGAAAAGUAAAUAAAGGAAAAUUCUAACU